AUGGUCGAGACGUCGCCCUCGGGUCCGUCGCCCUCGGGUCCGCCCCUAGACGGCUUCUUCUAUUCGCCCAGCUUCCUGAGCGAGGUACAGGUCCAAGCCCUGCGUGCGGCGGUGGAGAGUGGGCCCAGUGGCGAUGAGACGAUCUCGACCGGGAGGCCACUGGCGGCGACGCCCGGGGUUCAUUGGCACGGCUUCCCGCGGCCGCACAGCCGGCAUGAAAGUGAGAUCACCGUCCUCGAUGCAUGUGGGCCGAUGCUGCUAGAACUUCGAGAAAGAGGGAUACUUCCACCCGGCUACUGGUUCGACCAGGCGAUCGUCAACUUCUACUCAGAAGGCGAUGGUAUACCGAUGCACGUGGACAGAGCCAACUUCGAUGAGUACAUCGUUGGCUUCAGUCUGGGUGCUCCAGUUGUCAUGGACCUCGAGCCGUUGGACUUGAGGGAAAGCUUUCCAGCGAUUCGCCAGGCGGAGGAGGAAGAAGGAUGCGCGGCAGAGCGAAUUGAACGAAGCUGCGGUCAGCAAGUGCUGCUCGAGGAGGGUUCCGUCUACGUCUUCUCCGGCAAAGUACGGUGGAACUGGAAGCAUGGUAUUCGACCCAACUGCAGGUACCAGGGCCAGGAGCUCCCCGUGGGCAGCCGCACUUCCGUCACCUUCAGACGGGGAGAGCAGACAGAGUGUCGACCGGCUUGUGCGUGGGACUCGGAUGCUUCUUCGCGAGAUUGGCCUGGUCUUCCUUUUCUACAGCCUCCACUGGUGCUGCUGCCUCCGGAGAUGCAAGAUUGA